CGUAGCGAACGGACGUGCAAAAUAUUCACAGCGAAAAAAACUGAAAAUUGACAAUGAAACGACGACUUUCAUCUGAGGAUUCCUGUACUGAAGGGAACAUAAUGGCAAAGAGACGAAAAAUCAGACGAGGAAAGAAAGACGGGAGGAAACCUGGUCCUCGUUCGUCCUCCGACUCCUCCAAAGUUCCCAGAACAGAGUCGUGCGCAUCAGACGUCUCUAGCCGCAACAGUGAAACGGCAGGCAAACUAUCAGCUGCUGAUGAAUAUGCAUUGAUCUCUAAGGAGAUACGUGACUUUGAAGCAGCUUGUGCGUUAAUUUCUGAGGAUAUACAUGACUUAGAAACUGCUUGUGAAAUUUCGCAGACAGAUUAUACUGCAAACACUCUUGACAACGAUGAGGUUGCGGGCGAUUCAAAUGUUGCAGCGGAGCUACAACAAGACUUUCAAUCAGUUGAUGGUGCAACCAAUGAAAGCAACAAUAAUGCAUGUGUUCUCUCACAAGCAGAAGUUCUUGGAUUGUUUCAAGGACUGAGCAACACGUACAAUCUAGCAAAGUUGUCUCCGCAGGAGCAACCUUUCCAUGUUGUGUCAGACGGUUCCUCUAUGUACCUGGUGGGCCCUCAAAAUCAGGUCUAUAUGUCACUGGUACCACCGACUGGAAGUAGUGCUGCUACCACAACAGACUCUCAAAUGGUGUGCACCAUUCACGACAACCCUGACCAAUCUAACCAGCUCACAGACAACAUCAACAAAUCACAACAGUUCAUUUCCAAGUCUUUUUCUGAGAGAAUCAAGGAAAGGCUUGAAAACUGGUAUGAUGCGACAAUGGAUGUUGAUCGGAGAGAGGCGGAUCUACUGAGAUAUCCCUCUCAUCUGUUGGAAUGGUCUGAGCGUGUGAAAUUCAGUCACCAGCGCAAGUGGAAAAGGCUAAAAUACCACGAGCCUAAGUACAGCGAAUGGGAUUUCCUCUGAGGAACAAUUUCAUGAACGGGGCAGUUACUAUGUGUUGCGGUGCUAUAAACUCUGGGCCGCCCUGUGACAAUUUCAUGAAUGGGACAGUUAUUAGGUGUUGUGGUGCUAUAGAUUCUCGGGGCCAUCCUGUGACAUUCCAUGCCAGCCCAUCGCUUGUCUUUCAGGACUUUUCGAACAUGCACAUACACAUUACUUUUUUAUUGUUUGUUUGGCAAAUUUUUUUUGGGCAAAAUGUGUUUGCCAUGAUUUUUGGCAAACAGCUACAGUAAGCACUAUGUGCUUUGAUAUAAAUCAUUUGAUAUUUGUCUCGUAAUUAUCAUAUCUUUGAUUUUAUCUUUAUUUUUGGCACCAAAUACAUCUUUAUUUAAUAUUUUGAACAACUUAUUGGUUUGGCUCUGAAUAUAAGUGGCCAUUAAGAGUUGGUUCUUCAUCAUCAUGCUCUAAUAACU